AUGUACUGUGCAAAAGACCAAGCUGUUUGGGAUGAAUAUUUGCCUCAAGUUUUACUUGCGUACAGAUCAUCAGUUCAUUCAACCACUGGAUUUACACCCAAUUUCCUAACCUUUGGAAGGGAAGUAACUCUCCCACUACAAGCUGUUAUUCCAAUGCCUUCCCCAGCCCAAGAUUAUGCUACAUGCAAAGAAGACUUUGUUAUAGACCUGCAAAAUAGAUUACAAACAGUUCAUGAAUUAGCCCGAAAGAAUUUGAAAAAUAAGGUCCAGUAUCAAAAGAAAUAUUAUGACGUAAAAUCCAAGAAAAGGAUGUUUAAAGUAGGACAAUUAGUGUGGCUGAAUGACCCAACCCGGAAAAUUGGAGUAUGUUCAAAAUUAAGUGCCAAAUGGAAAGGACCAUACAUUAUUACUAAAUGUAUGGAUGACACAACUUAUAUUGUCAAAAAGACUGCUAAGCAGAUGGCAAAGGCCUACCAUGUAAAUAGACUAAUGUCAUAUGAGGGACAAAAGCUGCCUGUAUGGAUGAAGAAACUACCACAUAUCAAAUGA